GGAGGAGAUUGUUGACAGAAGUGGACCUUCAGUUGCAGAGUGCAGUCCAUUCACAUAGUUACCCCCAGAGGUGUCUCCCCUCAUUUCCGACAACAUGCUGCAUCUGUUGGUCGCUUUACUCUACACAGGUUUUCUCUUGAAAUCUACUAGUCAAGAACUAAGCGUGGACCCUGACCCUGAUGAUGAGUUUACUGAAGAAGACAAGAUAAUAUCCUGUCCAAUGACCAUCUCCAUUCUUGGUGGAGGCACUGUCUCCUACUCAGAAGAAGGCAAAGUUGGAAGCAUGCUGACCUACCACUGCCCACCAGGACACUAUCCUUAUCCAACCAUAUCCAGAUUCUGUCAAGCCAUUGGCCAGUGGAGUGCAAUGACAUCACCAGUGGGUCAAAGAGUCAAAAAUGCUUCAUGCAGAAAAAUCACAUGUCCACCUCAGCUUGAGUUUGAAAAUGGAGAUUUUCAGCCUCACAAAGGCAGUUUUCAAGAAGGAGAGACUCUACAUUUUAUGUGUCACUCUGGAUAUACACUACGAGGGUCACCAGUGAGGAAUUGCACUGCUGAUGGCAAAUGGACUGGUACUAUACCGAUCUGUGAUGAUGGCGCAAGUGAUUGUCCAAACCCUGGAAUCCCCACUGGUGCAAUAAAGACAGGAUCUCACUACCGAAUUAACGACAAGGUCCAGUACCGCUGUCAGACAGGUCUCCUUUUGUUUGGCUCCAGUGAGAGGGUGUGCCUAGAGUCACUAGAAUGGAGCGGAUCCCAGCCUUACUGUUACUCACAGUUCACAUUUCACUCUACAAAAGAUGUUAUAUCUUCUUUUGGGGCAUCCCUUUCAGCUGUGAUGGAGGUUGCUUCAGAUGAUAAGAAGCCACAAAAGAAACAAUUUGGGCGGACUAUUAAAAUUGAGAAAGAUGGUAAACUGAAUAUCUAUAUCCUGCUGGACACUUCUGGGAGCAUCACACGCAAAGACUUUGAAGAAGCUAAGUCAACAGUAAUACAACUAAUUGAAAAGCUUGAAAGUUAUGAUGUUGUCCUAAAUUAUGAAGUAAUAUCAUAUGCCUCUAAGGCGAUUGAAAUUGUAUCUCUGCAAUAUCCUGAGCAAAGCAGUGAUGUUGAAUCUGUACUGUACCUUCUCACUAAUUUCCAACCUUCAGACCAUAAUGAGACCGGAACCAACCUCUAUGCAGCUUUAGACAAAGCUUACAACAUGAUGGUAUUCCAAAGGGCAAAACAAGCAGAUCAUUUUCAGAAGACGCGUCAUGUCUUCAUCAUCUUAACAGAUGGCAAGUCAAAUACCGGAGGAAACCCUGUUCAUGUGCUGAAGAAAAUCGAGUACUUGCUGGGAAUCCAUUCAGAGCCAGGCCGACAGGAUUAUUUGGAUGUUUACGUAUUUGGCAUUGGACCAGGUGCAGACAGGCCUCAGCUUCAGUCUAUUGCUUCCAGCAAGGAUAAAGAACAACACGUGUUUUUACUGAAGGACAUCAAGGACUUGAAGGAGGUGUUUGACCAAAUUAUCACGGAUACAAAUGCAAAUAUGUGUGGGAUCUCCCAGGAGAAGGAUAUGGACGGAAAGCCUGGAAACAGGACACAUCCCUGGCACGUUGAAGUUAAAGUAACUAGUGCAUCACACAGAGACAAUUGUAAAGGAUCCAUCUUGACAAACUCAUGGAUUUUGACAGCAGCACACUGCUUUACUGACCAACAUCUUAGGCGUCCUGAAACAGUCACAGUUUUAUAUGGUGCCAGUAGCGGCAAAGCUAAGAAUAUCCUCAUACACCCUAAGUACAACAUUGUUGGAUUGCGAAGCAAAAAUAUCACAGAUUUUUAUGACUAUGACAUUGCAUUGAUAAAAAUGGAGAACAACAUCACAAUUUCUGAGGAUGCCAGGCCAAUCUGUCUUCCUUGUACAAAGGAUGCUACAAGAGCAUUAAGAAAUCCACAAGUGACAAGUUGUGAAGAGCAUGAAAAAGAGUUUUUUAAGCUUGAAGAAAUUCCAGCAUUUUUCAUUUCCAAACAAAUUAUUGACAAGAAAGAUGUGACAAAUAAGAAGAGUGUGUACAUUAAGCACGGCCAUAAGAAACUCUCUUGUGAUACUGCAGCGAAAGAUGCACAGGGUUAUGAGAAAGUAACUGAGGUGUCUGAGGUUGUGACAGACCGAUUCUUGUGCACAGGAGGUUCGCAGCAAUAUAAAGAAUCUAUCACGUGCAAAGGAGAUUCAGGUGGGUCACUCUUCGUCCAGAAAAAGAGGCGAUUCUUUCAGUUGGGAGUCAUCAGCUGGGGCACAGUGAAUGAUUGCAAGCAGCGGGAUGAACCUCCUUCUGGUGCCCGGGACUUUCAUAUCAACAUCUUAAAAGUGCUGCCGUGGCUAAAGGCACACCUUGCAAAAGACAUUGAAUUUACAGAUUUGCCAGCCCAUUCAUAAACACUAAAGUGGAAGAACUGGCUUAUAUCAAUUUUAUUUUGGAAAAUUAAAAAUGUAAACGUAGCUUUUAA